CUGCUUUUUUGAGUUUGUUUCUCCUUUUUGACUGCCACUUUCUUUUUUGGUGUUCCAAUUGAAUCUACAAACAUUGAGUCUAGCAGCAUUGAACGUUUUGAAUCACUAUCUUUCUCGAUGUUGCUUUCAUUAGACAGUUCUUCAUCAGAACAUACUUCCCCAUCUAUCAUAAAAAAUGAAUCCUUUUUACGUUUUUUAGUUCCACUAGUUUGACGAUCAGUAGAUAUGUUUUUAUUUUCAAGCUUGAUAGUGUCAUCCUCUUUAAAAUCGUGUAACUUAAUUCUUUUUAUGGCCAUAUUUGGGUCAAAUUUUCUUGGGGGUUUAGUACUACUAUUUUUAGUAUCAUCCUGUUUACGUUUUAAGGAUUUUGGUCCAGAUUCCAAUUUUGAGGUCACUGAAUUUGAUUUUUUAACAGGAUUGGAAAUUGGUGUAUCAUUAUCUGAAAGAUCUAGCUCUGGAGUAUUUUCCUCAGAACCUAAGUCAAUGUCUUCAAUGUCUGAAUCGUCAUCAUCAUCAGUUUCAACAUUUUCUUCUUCACGAUCAUCAUCUGAAUCGAUGUUAGAGUCUGAUCCUUCAGUUUCAGAUUCUGGUGAAGAAUUAUCAGAGACAUUAUCACCUUUCUCUUUCACCUCAGGUUUCCUUUUGUUAGUUUUCACAACAGCAGAAGUAUUAAUACUUUUAGGUUUCUUUUUGUUUUCUUUAAUAGUUUCCUUUUUGCUGGAUUUAAGUUUAGAAUCAGUUUUUGUCCCAUCUGAGGCUGACUCUGGUUUAGUUGUUGUAAGUCCCUUCUCCUUACGUCGUUUUAUACGGUUUCUCCUAGUCUUAGAUUUACCACGUCUUGUGACUCGCGUUUGGAGAAAUCCCGCCAGUUCCUUCCAAUCUGCAUGCUCUUUCCGGAACUUUGUUACCUUAUCAUUUAUCAGUUUAUUGUCACAUAGUCUUGCUUGGGCUCGCUCCUUGAGACUGAUUUCUGCCUGAAAUAUGACAGAUGAGUGUAAUUUCUUGGACAAAAAUGAAGAUUUUAAAAAAGUUCAUUAAGCAUUUACAUUUAAAUUAAAUGGGGACAAUGAACAGGUG